AACUCGAGACAAUAUAAUUUCUUGAUCCUAGUCCAUAGACGGAGGAUCUUCGGCGGAUCGACAUUGGGGAUUAUCGAUUGCGGAGCCCUUUAUUUGUCUGAGAUCCUACCUUAUCAAAUCCCAUGACAUAUCGGUUCAUGUCAGCAUCGGUCCAAUCGGAAAGCUACCUCGCUUAGAAGAGUGCAGUGUUAAUAAAUGUAUUGAAGUAACGUUACCACUUAUCGGCAUUCUCCGCUGGCUCGGCGAACGAAUGCCGUUCAUGAAAUGGCCGUCAACCUUAAAUCAAUAAAUCAAUUUUGAAUUAAAAACGAAGGAGUUGCCCCUCCUUCUCGACUAUAACUUUGUUAUUGCUACACCUCCACUCCCAAUCCACCGCUUUACAACUACUAGUACCAUAUCAACUUCUCCAACUCAGCCCCCCAACCAAAAUGUCGCAUUCUCACUCUCACGAUCUCGGCAUCAACCACUCUCACGAUGACUUUGGUGGCCACGGUCACUCGCAUGAGAUCCUCGACGGACCGGGUUCCUAUAUCAACCGAGAAAUGCCUCUGAUCGAAGGCCGUGAUUGGAAAGACCGCGCCUUCACCAUCGGAAUUGGCGGACCUGUCGGAUCCGGCAAAACAGCUCUCAUGCUCGCAUUAUGUCUCGCCCUCCGAGACGAAUAUAACAUUGCAGCAGUAACCAAUGACAUCUUUACCCGCGAAGACGCCGAGUUCCUCAACCGCCACAAAGCCCUCUCGCCCAGUCGCAUCCGCGCCAUCGAAACAGGUGGUUGUCCGCACGCCGCCGUCCGUGAAGACAUCAGCGCGAAUCUGCUUGCGCUGCAGAAUCUCCAGAAACAGUUCCAGACGGAUCUCCUUCUUAUUGAGUCCGGGGGUGAUAACCUCGCGGCGAAUUACUCGCGUGAACUGGCGGAUUUUAUUAUCUAUGUUAUUGAUGUUGCGGGUGGGGAUAAGGUGCCCAGGAAGGGAGGGCCGGGGAUUACUGGGUCGGAUCUGUUGGUUGUGAAUAAGUGUGAUUUGGCGCAUAUUGUUGGCGCAGAUUUAGGGGUUAUGGAGAGGGAUGCGGCGAAGAUGAGGGAGGGGGGUCCGACUGUCUUUGCGGAGGUGAAGAAUGGGAAGGGUAUGCAGCAUAUUAUUAACUUGAUUAUUAGUGCCUGGAAGGGAAGUGGUGCUUAUGAGGUUAGUUUGGAGAGGUGGAAGAAUGGGGCGACUAGGGGUUCGGGAAGUGUGGAUGAUCAGUAGAGAGAUCCUUUGAGGUACAUAUGGCAUGAUCUAUGAUUUUAUAUAUGAACGUGUUUGUAAAUGUACAAUUGAUGAUCUGUCUAUCCACUACGUAUAAAAGGCGCGAGUUUGACAAAGAAAAACUUUUGAAAUCCCAUAUCCGCACC